AUGGUAAGCACCCGCAGCCGCAAAGCAAAGGCAAGCGCCGCUCCCAAACCUCCCGUAAAGAGAAAUGACAGCUUUUUGUCGGCCUCCGACGACGAUGAUGACGCCAAGGAGGAGAGCUUUGAAAUGGCAACCAAUGACGCGAGUGACAGUGAUGAGGAUUUGGAAAUUGCAGGCAACGAUGAUAGUUCGGAUGAUGAACCUUUGAAAAGACUAACAGUGACAAAGAAGACUCGCGGUGCUGCUAUUCGAACAAGCACUCGAAAGUCUCCAGCAAAGAAAAAGACAGCUGCUGCUUCGCGCAAGCAAUCACCCAAAACAGCGGCAAAAGCCAAAGGCAAAUCUCUUGAUAACAAGAAGAAGACGACAAAGCAGUUGCGAAAGUCCGUUAGUUUCAACACAUCUGAUGACGACGACGAGGAUGAUGAUGGAGAUGACAGCGACGCUUCCUUGGACAUUGGAAAGAGACUCCAUGUCAUCAAAAUUCAACAACAAACUGAGAAGAGCGGAGGAACCUCAUCGUCUGGCGAGGAAGAAGCCACUGACGAGAGCAGUGACGAUGAUUCCGUCGUCCAAGCUUCGUCACCUUCCAAACGCCCCGCCAGAUCUUCCCGGUUCAAGCAGAGAUUGGCUCAGAAAAACAAGAAAUCCAGGCUCCAAAAAGAAGCCAAGCGGGCUACUGGCUGCGAGUCGGAGGAGGAAGACUCGGGAUCCGAAGUGGAGAUCGUCAUGCCAUAUUCGAGCCACAGAAACCCUGUUCUUCGCCAAUCCUUGGAUGGUGAUUCCUCGGAUGAAGAGCAAGUGGUCAAGGUGCCCAAGAGUAAAAAGGCAACCGAGUUUGCCAAGGCCAUGGCAAAGCUUCAGUCAGCACAAGCUUAUCAUGCCGAAGAUGUCGAUGUGUCACAGGAAAUGGAGGCCGAAAACGUGGACGACAGCAAUGACGAAGAUGUGAUUUGCCUGGAUGACCCUCCGCCACCAAAGUCUCAUCAGGGCCACACGGAGGAGACAGCCACCACUAAGAAAGAUUUGGGCAACGCAAUUGCUGUGAAACUGAGGACCAACGAAGGCGGUAAAGUCAAAGAACAAAUGUUCAAAAUCAGAAUGCAAGAACCCAUGAGCGUCCUCGUGGAUAAAUACAAAACCAAAAACAAUCUGACACAGACAGCCAAGGUCAGCUUCCACUUUGACGGAGAACAAAUGAAUCCCAAUUCCACUCCUGCUUCCUUUGACAUGGAAGACGAUGAGUUGAUUGAUGUCGUCCUCAAAAACUGA